AUGUCUGAGGUAUCGGAGGCAGCUGCGGCUGAAGAGCCAACUGUUACUUUCCCUGAUGACUACCCCAACUCCGUUCGUCACUUCUUGCUCAUCGGCUUCUUGGGCAUGUUCAUCGGAGCCAUUGUGUUCUUCUACAUGGGUAUCUCCAGGAAGGUCAACACCGUGAUGCACGUGCUCACCUUCUUCAUCGCUGCCGUCUCUGCAUGCUCCUACUAUGCUGAGUGGGCUGGCCUCGGUGUGGAGUACAAGACCACCGACACUACUCCUCGUGUCAUCUUCUGGGCUCGCUACCUUGACUGGGUUGUGACUGGACCUCUCAUCCUCACUGACUUGGCCCUCCUGUCCAAGUCUGACACCCCAACCAUCAUCUCCCUUGUUGGCAACAUGGUCCUCUACGUCAUCUGCGGCCUCAUUGGAGCCCUCACCGUCGCCCCCUACAAGUACAUGUGGUGGGUUGCUGGACUCAUCUUCCUCAUCAUCGUCUUCAUGCUCCUCCUCCAGCGCCUCAACAACGCUGAGGGAUACGGCGGUGAUGCUCUCAAGGGCUUGACCUGGUUGACCAUCCUUGUCUGGAUCGUCUACCCCAUCGUCUGGAUCGUUGGCUCUGAGGGUACUGGUGCUCUUGGCCUUUCCCAGGAGGUUGGUAUCUUGACCAUUGCCGACCUCAUCGCCAAGAUCGGCUUCGGCUUCUACCUCCUUGCCAACGUUGAUGCUCCUGAGAGCGAGUCUGUUCCUCUCAACCAGUCCUCCCAGCAGUACGUCUAA